AUGGGUUACACACCGGACGCUGGCGUAAUGAGCUCUUCGCUCAUUACGUUUUCUAUCGCUACAACGCUUGUAAUCUGUCGCCUUGUAUCUCGAAAGAUCACUAAUCUCGCCGCUGCUCUCUACUUCGGUUUCACAAUAUACUGGGCUACUGUGAUGGGUUUAGGCCAUCUGAAGAAGGAUGUUCCUAAGCCAGCCGAGAGGGUUGAGGAGUAUGCUCGGUUCGGGCUUUUUAUGGCCGAGUUCCUAUACGCAAUGUCGCUGGGAUUCUCCAAGCUGGCUAUCCUCGGCUUCUAUUGGCGCCUGUUCAGUGUCUCCAACAUCCGACUAGGAAUCUACAUCCUCCAGGGAAGCACUGUGAUCUGGCUCACCAUCCGAACCUUCAUGACCAUCUUCCACUGUAUUCCAGUCCAGGCGUACUGGAAUCACAACAUCAAGGACGCUGUGUGCAACAUCGACCCCGCCAAAUUUAUGUUUGGCACAACACUUGUCCAUCUAUUCCUUGAGAUAGCUGUCUUAUCGCUGCCUGUGUUUCAGGUCAAGGCCCUCAAUCUUCGCCUGGGUCAGAAGAUUGCUGUCGUCGCCAUGUUUAUGUUCGGUAUCUUUGUUUGUGCCGCUUCAAUUAUCGUACUUGUCGAGGCAAUCACACUGAAUCCCAAGACGACGGAGAUGGCAAAGGAUAUCAAAGGAGUUAUUAUCUGGGCAGGCACAGAAGCUUACCUGGCUAUCAUCUCUUCCUGUCUCCCUAUCAUCAGGCCUGUCUUCCGCAGGCUCAUAUCCAACUCGAUACUCAGCUCCAAGUCUAACUCAACUGGUCCCAACGCCAUCAGCGGCUUGACCAGCAGCAAGGGCAUCAAACUUAGCAACAUUGUACGGACAAAGGAAAUGAACGAUAACAGUUCACAGCGACAGCUGGCCGACCUUGAGGACGGGUCAUCUGGCGACAUGGACUUCCAUUCCUAUCCGGAGCGUGGUGGCCAUAACAAUACUAUUGUUACAACCUGCGCUGAUGAGGGGCCCAACAACAACAACAUAAAUAGGGCAUAUGGCAUCCAAGUCAAGAAUGAGACCAAAGUAUAUUAUGAAUCGUCUUAG